AAAACAACUUAACUACUAAUUAUAUAUACUGCUUAAGAAAUCGAACUUAUAAAUUAUCAUCUUUUUCAUAGUUGAUCAAUGUACCAAGUUCAUUUGUACCAUGGACUUACUUUAAAACCUUAAGAGUUAAUAACUGUUGCAUUUUUAUGUGUUGUAUGUUUAAUAGCUAAGUGACUGAGAGCUUGAUCGUUUGGGUUGUCAACAAUGGCAAGAACUGUGAAGAGUUGCCUGCAAUUAUCACUGAAACUUGUGAACUCAACUAUGGGAAUUCUAGGGAUUGCGACAAUUCUGUAUAGUAUGUGGAUGGUUAGAGCUUGGCAGCUUGACAUGGAAGGUUCAACUUCUCAAUCUCACAACUUUUAUCUUCCAUGGUUUAUUCAUGCAUUUGCUGGAAUUGGAGUCACCUUGUGUGCCAUAACAUGCCUUGGUCAUAUUGCUGCUGAUACUUGUAAUAUUCAUUGCCUUUCAUGUUAUAUGGUUGAGAUCUUUUUCCUUCUCCUGGUGGAGACUGCAUUGGCAGUAGACAUAUCCCUAAAUUCUGAUUGGGAGAAGGACUUGCCUGAAGAUCCAAGUGGGAGGUUUGAUGAUUUCAAGGAUUUUGUGAAGUCAAAUUUCCACAUUUGCAAAUGGAUUGCGUUGUUCAUUGUCUUUGCACAGGGAUGUUCAAUCGGAUUGGCCGCGGUUUUAAGAAGUCAUGAGAAAGAUGAGAGAAGAAAGUAUGAGAGUGAAGAUGAUUAUGCACAAGCCAGGCUUCCAUUUCUAGGGUACCCUGUGCAGCCUCUUCCUUAUACCGCUGCAGACUUGCCCUUUGACUCCAACAAGAAUGAGACAUGGAAGUUCUUAACUUCACCCAAGUGUGAAGCAGAACGGAUCUUUGAUCAAACUACUUAUGUGAAUCAAUCAUCUUCUGAAAACCCAGCACCAUAUCUGGUUGUAAAUUCCAUACCAUUAUGAUUAGCACAUUAUCAUCAUCGGUAAUUACAUUGAUGUUGAAAAAUCACAUUAUCAUCAUCAGUAAUUACAUCGGCAAAUACAUCUUUUUGAUGUUGAAGAAUCACAAAACUUGAUAAGUAUUUUUCCAGCAAUAGGGAUGCAACCAAUUUGAUGCAGGUCUCACAUGAACAAAAAUCAUUAAUGGGAGGAAUGACUUUAGUGGAUAUAUGUUUAAAGAAUAUUUAUGUAUUUUAAGUGCUUAAAAAGUUGUGAUUUUAAGAGUAAAAUUUAAUGUUUUAUUUGUUACGAUGUAGAGUAGGACGUAUUUUAGAUACUUUUGGAAACUUAAAAAGUUUUAUGAAGCCUCUAAAUAAGU